AUGAAUGCUCGGGAGGAGAACCUGCUAAAGUCGAUCAGUAAUGACACUCUGCUGGACUUGACGCAGCGCUACGGUCAGUCUGCGCUCGGUUUCGGUCCGGGUCAUGGCACCCCCAGCCCCUCUUGUUACCCGCUCACAUCCUCCGCCGCAGCCGAUUACUUAUCUGCUCAGACGGCGAAAUCCGGUGAAAGCGGAGGCGAGCACACGAGCGACGACGACGAUGCGUUUGACGUGGACGCGCACAAAAGGAGCCCGGCCUUCGGAGAGGACCCCAAACACCCAUCCGCGCUCUCCAAGAAACCCAAAGAGCAACGCUCCCUGCGCUUAAGCAUCAACGCCCGAGAGCGCCGGCGCAUGCACGACCUGAACGACGCACUGGACGGCCUGCGAGCCGUCAUCCCAUACGCACACAGCCCGUCCGUGCGCAAACUGUCCAAAAUCGCCACCCUGCUCCUCGCCAAGAACUACAUCCUCAUGCAGGCGCAGGCGCUCGAGGAGAUGCGCAGGCUAGUGUCGUACCUGAACCAGGGCCAGACGCUCACCUCGGCCGUACCGAGCGCACUAGCACCGUUCGGACAGAACGCUGCCACCGUGUACCCGUUCUCAGGAACGGCGCUGGCCGCCUGCGUGGAGAAGUGCUCGUACUCCGGUGCGCCAUCCAGUCUCUUCAAGCAUUGCAGUGAUAAGCCUUGA